AUGGGGCCGACCGGCGCGAGAGCGGGGAUUCCUUUCCCCGGCGCCAGCAGCGCCGCCGCCUCUACCAGUGCUUCUACCCGUGCUCCUUCGAUACCGCGCUCCGUCGCCGAUUCUCUGCCGGAAUCCUCAGAGCCGCCAGAGUCUCGUGACAUGGAACUGGAUUCGGAACCCCCUGCAGCAGCAGCGAGGCGCACCAACCAAACUGGGCUGGGGCCUUCCACCAGCCUACCAAGUAUCAAGAACCUCUUUGGUCUUGAGCGAAAGGAGCCGCUAGCUUCGGUCCGACGCGUCGAUGGUUUGUCAGACGACGGUCAUUCUUCCGUUGGUACCGCGACACCCGGCUCGCCAGCCGGUCUGCACCCAUCAGCCUCAUCCCGCCCUGCCGAUCGACGCGGCCAUAGGAGUCACGCCAGCACCACCAGCUUCCCCGAAUUUCAAUCGGGUCUCUCGCAUAGCACCAGCUCUUCAUCGCUCGGUCCCAUUCGCACUCGCCAUUCGUCCAAUACUUCCGGCUCUUAUGGACGAGGUGCAGCAUUUGUGCCCAGUACGCCUCCACGCCCAGCUGGCUCUUCGGCACUUGCCUUCAGCCCCGAAGACGCCAGCUCGAGACGGAGAGUCGACUCGCGUUCGCGUCAGGCGCAGGCCCUCAAAGGACUCAUCCUCUCGCCGCCAUCGCUCAGGCUACCACUGGACGGCGAUGGACCCUCCUCCGACAUGCAUGCAGGCUCGCAAAGACGUAGCGGUCAUCGACCCGCCUCGUCCUCAUCCGGUUCGCUUUCGACCCUAUUUUCGCACAUUUCCACCUCGUCCGAUCCUGCACCCAUGCUACCCCCGGGCUACCUACCCUCGACACACACUUCGGAAGAAAGUGUACCGCACGACGGAUGGGGUGCCGCCAGCGCACCUUCGGACAGCACAAGUCCACGCACCAGCUGGCACAGCCGAUCCUCGACACUCGAGUCAGGCGAGGCAGCUUACAAGAUGACAGGCGGCUCGCUACUACCGCCAUUUCGCGAGGCACAUUUUUCACAAGGCGAGCCUCCUCGUCACUCACCGGAACAGCACUUGUCGAUCCUCUCGCGCCACGGAUCCAUGCGUACUCCCGGUCCCUCUGCCAAUCUGAGCGCUUCCUUAAGUCGACCUCGCGCUCGUACCUUGACGCACGGAGAUCGUCCCAUCGCUCCGCUGCCCAAUUCGGAGGAUCCAGCGAGGAAGCAGAGGCUCGAGGCCGCUUCAGAGCUGCUACGUAUAGGACAGCCGAGGGGCGACGAUCUACAGGCAGUCGGAAGCGGUGGUCGCGCAUCUUCGCACAGGCACACCAUGUCGAUGCAGGAACGUUUACCGCUUCCUCUUGAACUCUAUGAAACCGCAAACACGGUUCGAACACAUCGGCCCAAGUCUCACUCAAUGUCCGGCCAGGAACCGUUUGAUCCAAGCAUGUCGCUGCAUCAUGGCCCGCCCGUAAUGCAGGCGCCGGGGCCAGGUGCGCCUCUGUUUGACCGUGGACCCCCUCCACCGCCAUCAGGUGGCGGUGGCGGUGCCUUUAACUCGUUCCAUCCGAGAAGAGGACGUGGCGCUGGCGAGGAAGCGACGCAUCCCGGUGGGGCCGGAUGGGUGUUUCCACGCCGACCGAUGCCUUCGGAAUCGGCCGAGGCGCAACGCAACGCAUUCCAAGCGCAGAUGAUGCGAGGGCAGGCACUAGCAAGCGUUCCCGACGGCAUCAUCUCGGCUCAGCACGCCGGCGCUUUUGGUGGUGGUGUACGUGCAGCACCGAGCACAACAGGUACGAUCGCAUCGGGUCAGGCGAAGUACGAGUGUGCGUGGUGCGGCAAGCGCUUCUCACGACCUUCGAGUCUUAAGAUUCAUCAUCACUCUCACACGGGUGAAAAGCCGUUUGUAUGCAACGAGCCAGGGUGUGGUCGUUCUUUCAGCGUUCAGUCGAAUCUGCGGCGACAUCAAAAGUGCCAUGCACCCGGCGGCGACCCUUCCGAACUUGAGUCGUCUCGUCAGCAGCAAGGGCAUGUCGCGAGUCGCAGUGAAGAUGGCUAUUGGGCACGUGGGCCGCCUCCUCCUGCUGCCUCUUCCGGCGCAAGAAUGAGCCCGAUCGCUGGCGGAAGCGGAGGUUGGCAUCCAGCACAUGGGGGUUACGCUCCUGGACCUGCGCCAGCCCAUGCGUACAGCAUGGGACCUCCGCCACCGGGAUCCAUGCCUCCUCAGAUGCAGAUGCAGAUGCAAAUGCAAAUGCAAAUGCACGGUAAGGACCAUCCGCCCCUGUCGCGUUCGGCCUAUGAACCGGGCUCACGAAGCAUGAACGCCUGGACCGAGAUGCGGGGCGGCCACAUGCCACCGCCUGGCUAUCGAGACUACGAGCGCGGUCCAUCCAAUGACGGCUACAAUGUGUCAGGGUCACCACGUCAUUUUACGCAGAUGCAGGAGCGUCGACUGUCCGAGUCGUCUGCAGAGGAAGAAGAAGAGGAUGAGCUGCUGCACGAAGACGAUCUGGCUGCGAGACAGACAGCGGACAAGGCGGAGAGGACGGAUGGACUUGUUCAAAGAGCCGAAGUUACGUCUUUGUCAAGAGAUUCGCUGUCGAGAGACGGCUCGAGCGAGGAUGAAGCGGAUACAACAGUCACGAUGCGGAAAGGACCGCGCCCGAGGAGCACAACGAGUGCAAGCGUAACCUCGAACCUGCGCGCGGGCUUUAACUCGCUCUUGAAUCCUGAGGACCACAUGUCGGAAGACCGUUUCAAGGACGAGCGCUGA